AUGUACAGCGCCGCAUCGAGAGUCCUCAUGAGCCGCGCGGCCGUCGCCGGCCGCGGCUUCCACACCACCGCGCGUCGCAUGGCCGACGCUCCUCUGGCAGCCAAGAAGCCCAUGGGCGCGUUCCGCGGCGGUCUGUUUGGCUUCCUCCUCGGAUGCACCGUCGCCGGCAGCAGCGUCUACACCUAUCUCGUGCAAGAGUACAAGACCUCCAACGACCUUUUGACCGAGGAUAUUUACACACUGCAAGCUUCCGUCACCCGAUUGACCAACUACGUCAAGAACCUCGAGCAAAUAGCUCAGGAAAAGAAGAAAUAA